AUGCCCACCACGCUUCGCGGGCAGUACACUGUGACCCUGGAGAACGUCACGGCUGUCGGCGGGAUGGCCGCUGAAGCGCGUGCCGCUGGGACGAACCUUGGCUCUGGGAGGUCAGGCACCAACCCUGAGGUGGACCUCAUGACGGAGAUUAGUUUGGCCGGGACGCCGCUUCAGAAUAUAACGAGAGGCUGGGGACCCUGCGACCGGCUGCCGUGGGAGCCGAGCGUGGAUGACCCGACGCGAGCGCGAGUGGAGACGCACCCCCUGGCAGUAUUGGCCGAGAGUGACCUGGGAGACCGUGGUUUGGCCGAGAGGGGGUUGGGCGAAACGUACACGUUUGUGCAGAUUUCGGUGAGUGCGUUGGAGACGCGGCACACCAACUGGGACAAUAUCUCCUACUUGCGCACGCGUGUGCAGCACAGUCUGGACGCCCUGCCGCUAACCUGCUACGCCGCGGGAGCGGGGGUGAUGGUGUACAUCAACGGCGAAUGCGCCGCGUGGCCGACGACGGGACCGGUGAAUGCGGCGGGCGAGUUCCUGUUCACCAUUCCGGCCGGAGUGAUAAGCGGUCUGGUGAGCAGCGCCGAUCUACCGCCAGCCGCACUCGACCUCAUAUUCACCUUCAACACCGCCUGCUUCGGCGACGUUGUCGGCGCCAUCGCCACCGCCUUCUCCAUCAUACCUUUCCAGUACCACGCGCCCAGUAGCUGCAUGGGCUUCCAAGACUGCGCAUCCUGUCUAUCCGCCGGCUGCAACUGGUGCGAAUGGGCCUGCGACGCCAACUGCGACAGUCUCCCCGAGUGGAUUCCCGACUACAGCUGGACUGAGGAAGCCCACUCCGGCGGCACCGGCCGCUGCGGUAUCCACCCCUACCUCUGCCGCGAAACACUCGGCGCUUUCAACACCUGCCGCGCAGACCACGGUGCAGUCAAGGACAUCCUCUGGCCCAUCACCUUCUUCAUCAUCCCCAUUGCGCUGCUCUACGCCAUCGUCCAAAUUCGGAACAAAACCUGGUAG